AGGUUGGACUCGAUGAUCCCAGAAGACUUUACCAAUCUAAUUGAUUCUGCGCUGUGAACGCUCCCAGGCCGUGCUCCUAUGGGGCAUUCCCGUGUCUCCGCGCCGCAGCAGGCUGCUGGGAUCUCGCCUCCCCCCGUGGAUCCGCAUUGCGCUGAGCUGUCAGGGACAGCCCUGUGUACCCGCAGGACACGGCGGUGCUGCCCUCCAGGCUGUCACUGCCUCUGACUGCACCGAGGUUUUGCCACUUUCCUGCCACUUGCUUUAGACAGUGGCAACUUCCAGCUUCCAGAUGGAGACCCCCCUCACUGCCAGCCAGAUCCGGCAACGGUUCAUUGACUUCUUCAGGGAAAACAAGCACACCUAUGUUCACUCAUCUUCUACAAUCCCCCUGGAUGACCCCACACUGCUCUUUGCCAAUGCUGGUAUGAAUCAGUUCAAACCCAUCUUCCUCAAUACCAUCGACCCCUCGCACCCGCUCGCUAAGCUCAGCAGAGCCACCAACACUCAGAAGUGCAUCCGAGCAGGGGGCAAGCACAACGACCUGGAUGACGUGGGGAAAGAUGUGUACCAUCACACCUUCUUUGAGAUGUUGGGGUCCUGGUCCUUUGGGGAUUAUUUCAAGGAACUUGCUUGUAAACUGGCACUGGAACUUCUCACCAAGGAGUUUGGCAUCCCUGCUGAAAGGCUCUAUGUCACUUACUUUGGUGGAAAUGAGGCUGCAGGACUGCAGCCAGACCUGGAGUGCAAGCAGAUCUGGUUGGAUUUGGGGCUGGCUGAGGGCAGGAUUCUGCCUGGCAAUAUGAAGGAUAAUUUCUGGGAAAUGGGAGACACUGGGCCCUGUGGCCCUUGCAGCGAGAUCCACUAUGACCGGAUUGGGGACAGAGAUGCUUCACACUUGGUCAAUCAGGAUGAUCCCAAUGUCCUGGAGAUCUGGAACCUGGUGUUCAUACAGUUCAAUAGGGAAGCUGAUGGGACACUGAAACCCCUUCCUAAGAAAAGUAUUGAUACUGGGAUGGGCCUGGAGAGGCUGGUCUCUGUGCUGCAGAACAAGAUGUCUAACUAUGACACUGACCUUUUCCUUCCUUACUUCGAAGCCAUCCAAAAGGGCACAGGUGCCAGGCCCUACCUGGGGCAGGUUGGGGCCGAGGAUGCAGAUGGGAUCGACAUGGCGUACCGUGUGCUGGCUGACCACGCACGCACCAUCACCCUGGCCCUCUCGGACGGGGGCAGGCCUGACAACACUGGCAGAGGGUAUGUGCUGAGGCGGAUUCUCCGACGGGCUGUGCGCUAUUCCCAUGAGAAGCUCAAUGCCCCCAAGGGCUUCUUUGCUACUCUGGUUGAUGUGGUGGUGCAGUCACUGGGAGAUGCCUUUCCUGAGCUGAAGAAGGACCCAGAUAUGGUGAAGGACAUUAUCAAUGAGGAAGAGGAUCAGUUCCUGAAAACACUGAGCAGGGGCCGUCGCAUCCUGGACAGGAAGAUCCAGAGCCUUGGGGACAGUAAAGUCAUUCCUGGUGACACUGCCUGGCUGCUGUAUGACACCUACGGAUUCCCUGCGGAUCUCACUGGGCUGAUUGCAGAGGAGAAGGGCCUUGUUGUAGACAUGGAGGGCUUUGAAGAAGAGCGGAAAAAUGCUCAGCUCAAAUCCCAAGGCAAGGGUGCUGGAGGGGAGGAUCUCCUCAUGCUGGACAUCUAUGCCAUUGAAGAGCUAAGAGCCCAAGGGCUGGAGGCAACAGAUGACUCACCAAAGUACAACUAUGCUUCAGAUCCGAGUGGUACCUAUGAUUUCGGGAGCCUUGUGGCCACAGUGAAAGCCAUCCGCAGGGACAAGAAGUUUGUGGAGGAGGUGUCCACUGGCCAGGAGUGUGGGAUAGUGCUGGACCGGACCUGCUUCUAUGCCGAGCAGGGUGGGCAGAUCUAUGACCAGGGCUACAUGGUCAAGGAUGACGACAGCAGAGAGGAUAAAACAGAAUUCACUGUCAAGAAUGUUCAGGUCCGAGGAGGCUACGUGCUCCACAUAGGAACUCUGUAUGGGAGCUUGAAAGUAGGAGAUCAGGUCCACCUGACUAUUGAUGAGGCCAGGCGGAGGCCAGUCAUGAGCAACCACACAGCCACCCACAUCCUCAACUUCGCCCUGCGCUCCGUGCUGGGGGAGGCUGACCAGAGGGGCUCCCUGGUGGCACCCGACAGGCUGCGCUUCGACUUCACGGCCAAGGGAGCCCUGUCCAGCCAGGAAAUCAAGAAAGUUGAAGGGAUUGCCAACCAGAUGAUUGAGGAGUCAAAGACUGUGUAUGCCAAGGACUGCCCUCUGGCAGCAGCCAAAGCUAUCCAAGGACUUCGGGCAGUUUUUGACGAGACCUACCCUGAUCCUGUCCGUGUGGUUUCCAUUGGCAUCCCUGUGGAGGAGCUGCUGGCUGACCCCUCUGGCCCUGGGGGCUCCAUCACCUCUAUUGAGUUCUGUGGAGGGACGCAUUUGCAGAACUCCAGCCAUGCUGGCCCCUUUGUGAUUGUUUCAGAAGAAGCAAUUGCUAAAGGCAUUCGGAGGAUAGUUGCAGUCACCGGGGCUGAAGCUCGGAAGGCCCUCAGGAAAGUUGACAGCCUCAGGAAACUGCUGUCAGCCCUAGAGGCCAAGGUGAAGGUCCAGACAGCUCCCAACAAGGACGUGCAGAAGGAGAUCACGGAUCUCAGUGAGACACUGGCUGCUGCUAUUAUCCCACAGUGGCAGAAAGAUGAACUGAGAGAGGCUGUUAAAGCACUGAAGAAAGUCAUGGAUGACCUGGACCGUGCAAGCAAAGCUGACAUCCAGAAAAGAGUACUGGAGAAGACCAAGCAGGUUAUUGAGAGUCAUCCUAACCAGCCGUGGGUCAUCAUGGAAAUGGAAAAUGGAGCCUCAGCAAAGGCCCUGAAUGAAUCUCUGAAGCUCUUCAAGACUAAUUCCCCCCAGACUGCUGCUAUGCUCUUUGCUGUGGAUAACGAAGCUGGCAGGAUCACCUGCCUGUGUCAAGUACCCCAGGAGACUGCAAAUAAAGGCUUGAAGGCCAGCCAGUGGGUGCAGGAAGUGUCUGGCUUGAUGGAUGGCAAAGGCGGUGGAAAGGACAUCUCUGCACAGGCAACAGGCAAGAACGUGGGCUGCCUGCAGGAAGCCCUGAAACUGGCCACGGACUUUGCCAGGCUCCGCCUGGGGGAGCUGAAGAACUGACUGAGGGGGGAACCCUGGCCCCGUAGUCUCCCUGUCUGUUCCCUGCGCGGCUUUCCUGUCAAUAAAGGCUCCCUGCCCCUGC